UUGAACUAUCACGAGUGAAACCUAAACCCAAAACAGGCAAAAUAAAAGAGGCGCCUCUUCCUUACGUCUCUUUUGCUUACUUUCCUUCGUUAUUUUUCCUGCUCUUUUACCCUGCAUUUUAUUAGUCCAAAAAGGGGAGAAAAAGGGAAGAAAACCCAAAAAAAAUGGGAAAGAAGAAGACCCCCAUAGACGAAACCUCUGUAAUCCGAUUAUCCAAGAUACUUGAGAAGUUUAAGGACGCAGAAGAUGAAGCAUAUACCUUUGAAUCCAACCUUUCAAACAAAGAACGAGAAUUUGUGCACAAGGAAUCCCGGAAAAUGGGUAUGAAAUCCAAAAGUAAAGGCCGUGGAAGCCAGAGACAAGUCUUUGUCUAUAAAAUCAAAGAGAAAGGCGGCGGCAUGUCAGAGAAGAAUCUAACUAAUGUGGCAUUUUCAGAGGGGACAAGAGUGGUUUUGCAGGAAUUAUUUAUGAAUUAUCCACCUGAGGAAGGGGAGCUUGAAGAGAAGGUAAUUGCAAAAUAUAGCGGAAAAAAUGCUAAAAUACGAAGAAAGAAAGAUGAUAUUUUCUCGAAGUCAUUGAUGAGUGCUGCAGAGAUUGCAGAAAAGGUUAAAGGACUUGCAUCUAAGAGAGAGAAGUAUCCGAACUUGAGACAGAUUAAUGAAAAGAGGUUAAAGCUUCCAAUUGCAGGGUUUGGGGAUGCCAUUACAUCUGCAGUAGAAUCUCACCAGGUUAUCCUCAUUUCCGGCGAGACUGGCUGUGGCAAGACGACACAGGUUCCACAAUUUCUUUUGGAGUAUAUGUGGGGAAGAGGUGAGGCUUGUAAAAUACUGUGUACUCAGCCUCGGCGUAUAUCAGCUACAUCAGUGUCUGAGAGAAUUUCUUAUGAAAGAGGCGAAAGCAUUGGAGAAACUGUUGGAUACAAGAUUCGCUUGGAAAGUAAAGGUGGUCGACACUCAUCAAUUGUCUUCUGCACGAAUGGGGUAUUAUUGAGAGUGCUGGUUUCAAACAGUAGAUCAAAGAGAGAAGACAUCUCUGACAUCACUCACAUUAUUGUGGAUGAAAUUCAUGAAAGGGACUGCUUCUGCGAUUUCAUAUUGGCAAUUGUCAGGGACAUGCUUCCUUUGCAUCCUCAUCUACGGCUGGUACUAAUGAGUGCCACUCUUGAUUCUGAACGGUUUUCGCAAUAUUUUGGUGGUUGCCCAAUUAUCCGUGUUCCUGGGUUUACACAUCCUGUAAAGAGUUUGUAUUUGGAGGAUGUGCUUUCUAUCUUGAAAUCUGCAGAUGAUAAUCAUCUUAUUUCAGCUAAUGCAAGUGCCCAAGAUGAAGACCCAGAAUUAACAGAAGAAGAUAAGAUUGCAUUAGAUGAAGCUAUUAAUUUGGCUUGGUCAAGUGAUGAGUUUGAUCAGUUUAUAGAUUUGGUUUCUGUUGAAGGAGGGUCAAAGGUUCAUAAUUACCAGCAUUCCUUGACCGGAUUAACGCCACUAAUGGUGUUUGCUGCAAAAGGUAGAGUGGAGGAAGUCUGCAUGCUCCUCUCAUAUGGUGUAGACUGCAAUCUGAUCUCCAAAGACGGGAAGAGUGCUUUGGAUUGGUCUGAGCAGGAAAAUCAGCAGGAAGCUGCUGAACUGAUAAAAAAACAUAUUGAAAGUUCCCGAGAUAAUGACGGGGGGCAGCUGUUACUCGACAAGUAUAUAGCAUCAGGUAAUCCAGAGAUCAUAGAUAAUGUUCUUAUUGAGCAGUUGAUAAGAAAGAUAUGUAUAGAUUCAAAUGAAGGAGCUAUUCUUGUUUUCCUUCCUGGGUGGGAGGAUAUUAAUCGAAUGAGGGAGAAAUUACUUGCCAACCCCUUUUUCAAAGAUCCUUCCAGAUUUAUUAUAAUACCUCUGCAUUCUAUGGUUCCCUAUGCUGAUCAAAAGAAGGUCUUUACUCGUCCUCCUUCGGGCUGCCGCAAAAUUGUCCUUUCAACCAAUGUUGCCGAAAGUUCCAUUACGAUUGAUGAUGUUGUCUAUGUUAUAGAUAGUGGUAGAAUGAAAGAGAAAAGCUAUGAUCCACAUAGUAAUGUAUCAACCCUUCAAUCUUCAUGGGUUUCCAAAGCAAAUGCCAAGCAGAGAGAAGGACGGGCAGGCCGUUGUCAGCCUGGAAUAUGUUAUCAUCUUUUUUCAAAACUUCGCGCAUCUUCUAUGCUUGACUUUCAAGUUCCAGAAAUAAAGAGAAUGCCAAUUGAAGAGCUCUGUUUACAGGUGAAAUUGCUUGACCCGAAUUGUAAAGUAGACGACUUCUUGCAAAAGACAUUGGACCCUCCUGUUUCUGAAGCUGUACGUAAUGCAGUUAGAGUGCUUCAAGAUAUUGGGGCGUUUACGCAAGAUGAGGAACUGACAGAACUUGGAGAGAAGCUUGGUUAUCUUCCUGUUCAUCCAUUGACAUGCAAGAUGCUUUUCUUCGCAAUAUUGAUGAAUUGCCUUGGUCCAGCUUUGACAUUAGCAUGUGCUUCAGACUUCAAGGAUCCAUUUGUCCUUCCCAUGCGGCCGAAUGAAAGGCAGAAGGCUGCUGCUGCCAAGCAUGAGCUUGCAGCACUGUACGGUGGCCAAAGUGAUCAGCUGGCACUCAUAGCUGCUUUUGAGUGCUGGAAGAAUGCAAAAAGAAAGGGUGUAGAAGGACGUUUUUGUUCACAAUACUUCGUCUCAUCAAGCACUAUGAAUUUGCUGUUUGGCAUGCGGAAGCAGCUUCAGGGUGAACUAAUACGGCACGGAUUUAUUCCUGAUAAUGUCUCGAGCUGUAGUCUAAAUGCAAAUAACCGUGGAAUACUCCAUGCGGUCCUUGUGGCUGGUUUGUAUCCAAUGGUUGGGAGGGUACUCCCACCAAAACAGGGUAAACGAAUAAUUAUAGAGGCUGCCAAUGGCUCUAAAGUUCGGUUAAACACUCGUUCAAUUAAUUCAAAGUUAUCACCCAGGCAAUCCGAUUAUUUGAUUAUGUAUGAUGAAAUAACCCGUGGGGAUGGGGGUAUGUACAUAAGAAACUGUACUGUUAUUGGACCACUUCCAUUGUUAUUUCUUGCAACAGAGAUUGCAGUGGCUCCUAUGAAAGGCAAUGUUUAUGGUGAAGAUGAUGGCGAUGACGAUGAUGAUGAUGGUGGAAGUGAUGAUGUUGAUGCGUGCGAUACUGAUGGAGAUGAAAAGUCUGCAGUUAAUAAGUCCAGUGGAAAAGAAGAAAAGGUCUUGUCCUCUCCAGAUAAUUCUGUUAUGGUGGUGGUUGAUCGGUGGCUAUCAUUCAAAUCAACAGCACUUGAUGUUGCUCAAAUCUACUGCCUGAGAGAGCGAUUAUUGGAAGCUAUCUUAUUCAUGGUAAUGCAUCCAGGCAAAGUUCUUCCUCCUGCUCUUGGGGUAUCUGUAUAUGCAAUAGCUUGCCUUCUAUCUUAUGAUGGGUUAUCAGGCAUCCCGGAGCCAGCAGAAUCCGUACAUUCUCUGACUUCGAGGGUGCGUUCUACUGAUAUCAAUAAACAUAUGCCAGGGAUGGAAGAUGCGAGUCCUAGUCCGAGUAGGUUCCUUUUAUCACUUGUGAGACGAAGCCCCUAUGACCGCGUAGGUUUCCAGAAAGCUGCUAAGGUCCCUGAAGAUGGGGUUGUAACAAAUGGAGAUGAGCCAAUAAGUUGCCAGCAGCAGUCACCUGUAAGGCCAGUCGGAAUGAGGGUAGAUCAAGCUGCAUCACAAGACCCUGUAUCGGUUGCCUCUAGUUCAGCUGGGUACGAUUCUUGCAAGCGGCAACGAGGGAAGAGGUCUAUGUCAAGGCAGUGUCAAUGGUAAAACAUAUUUUGGGAACAAAGAAGUGGAGAGGUAAAUCGUGGAUUAUGCCCAUAGUUUUGAGGGUUUUGCAUUUUCGCGCAGGGCAUAUCCAGCGACUUUUUGUUGAGCCAUUUUCUGAAUUACAAGCUGAUAUUAGCACCAACCUUUGAGACAUUUUCUUUAAUAUAAAAUGUUAUCUUAUAUA